AUGGAGCUCGUCGCCGGGUGCUACGAACAGGUCCUUUUUGGUUUCUCUGUGCACAGAAAGCCCGAGACGAGUGGCGGCCUCGAGAAAUGGACUGCUGUGGCUGACUUCACUCACCAUGCCCACACUGCCUCCGUGUCAGCAGUGGCCGUAAACAGUCGUUUUGUUGUCACUGGAAAAUACAUAGUAGUCACAGUGAAUAAAAUAGACAUCUACCAACUGGACACUGCGUCUAUUAGUGGUGCCAUCACGAAUCAGAGAAGAAUCUCGUCUGUUACAUUUCUUUCUGAGUCUGUCCUUGGAGUAGCAGGAGAUGAAGAAGUCAUACGGUUUUUUGACUGUGAUUCACUAAUAUGCCUCUGUGAAUUUAAAGCUCAUGAAAACAGGGUGAAAGACAUACUCGCUUUUGAAAUUCCGGAGCAUCACGUCAUUGUUAGUGCGUCAAAUGAUGGUUUCCUCAAGAUGUGGAAGCUUCACCAGGAUAAGAAAGUUUCCCCAUCUCUACUCUGUGAAGUAAAUACUAAAGCCCGACUAACCUGCUUGGGAGUGUGGUUGGACAGAGUGACAGACACGAAGGAAAGCCUCCCUGGAGCUACAGAGCCUUCUGUUGUAAGUAAAGAGGAACAGCCUCCAGUCAACCAGAAGGGACUUGGUAAUGAAGUACAAGAAGAAGGAGGGCAGCCUAGACCUAACGCAAAGAAAUCUUGUUUAGCUGGACACCAAGGUCUGCAAAAGAAAGGAAAUAGCCUAGUGUCACCCAAGAAGAGGACAAUGGCUAAAGCAUUGGAAAACAAGAGAAAAAAGAAGAAAAUAUAA